AAAAGACUAUUUGCUUAUAUUGAGAUAUUUUAUUGUUUCGACAUAAGUAGCUGCUGUCAUUCCAAAUGUGCGUCACCAUCAAAUUAGAAUCCUUUUGAAUUUUUCCUGAUUUGAUUCGGUUUAUCUGCUAUUUUACUAUUUCGCACGUUUGUGGCGGACGAGCACAAGGAACAAAUCUAAUGGAUGACAGAAAUCCCGAGUUUGCGGAAGAUGCAGAAGAGCUGUCUGUUACGUCGUUGGACCCGAACGAGCGCAAAUUAGCGCGCCGCAUCCGCAUUCAACGGCGCCUAGAAGCGUUAGCUAAGAACAAAUUAGAUAUUGAAGAUGAAGAAAUCAUCGAGAAGACACUCACUGAGAGACAAAUACUUGCUAGCUCGGACCUGUUGGAAAACUUGUCGUUCGAGGGCGAUGAAGUGGUGACGUCAGUGAAGGUGGCGAAUGACGCUAGGGAGCUGCAGCGACGAAGGGAGGCGCAGGAAAUUCGAAGAAAGUUGUUGAAGAAGCUCGAGGAAGAUGACGAGGAAUGUAUGGAAAGGUACCGGAAGAUCAACGAGAAGUGGUCAAACAUUCUCGCGUCCAAGGAUCCAUUAGACAUACACGCGGAAAUGGAAGCUCAAAAUGCCAAGUGUAUGGAAAUCUUGGAAAGGAAAGACGCCGUCAUCGCGCAGUUGCGAGAAGAGUUGGAGAACGCCGAUAUUAAAUUUGUUAAUGACCAGAAAAGUCAAAAUGAGGAUAUAGACUUAUUAAUCAAUAGAAUGGACAAUCAAAUGAACAUCAUGACUAAAGCUUACCGUCGCGAAUUAUCGCUUAUUAAUGAUGCAAUAGACUCGGAGUAUAAAAUGCUGCUGGAAAAUCUUUCGGAGAAAUGGGAAGCGUUGUACAAAAAGUUACAGGAGGAUAGCCUUGCGGGAUUAGGCAAGCGGAAGGAAAUAAUGCAAGAGUACGAGGAAGAGAUGAAGAAAGUAAUGAUCGAGCAUCAGGAGGAAUUCCGGGCGCAGAAAAUUAGUUUCGAACUUGAGAUACAGAAGCUUGAACAGGAGGUGGAGAACACGAAAGCGCUUUGUUUCAUGAACGUCGAGAGACUAGAUUACAAUUACGCCGUGCUUAAACGACGAGAGGACGAAAAUGUUAUAGUGAAAAAUCAACAAAAGAGAAAAAUUAAUAAACUCCAAGAUAUUGCCAAUGGUUUGAAAAAAAAUUAUGCGGAGUUAGAAGAAAACACGAGACUUGAGAUACAGAAGUUCACUGAUCAAGUUAUAAAAGUGCACAAGAAUAUUUUGGAUUUAAUAGAAAAAUCGAACCACUUCACAAGAAUCAAUGAUAAGAAGUUUAUGCAAAUUUGGGAUAUGAAUGAGGAAAAAGCAAAUGAACUACUUGAUAAAAUUUUAAACGCUGACAAAAUUAUAUACGAACAACUAUUGGGCGUGGAAUGGAAGCCACCGGAAAAAAUCUUAUUAAAAAAGGAAGAUUUACCGUCUUAUUGUAAUGUGAUGUGUGCAAUAGAAGAAGAGAACAGAUUGAUCAACGAGAAAAAAAUAAUAUGUAAAGCUUACAAACCGGCGAGCACCAUUGAGGAAAUCAAUUUAGAAAGACAAUUAUUAAAUCGUAUCAUAAAGCAAAUUUCUGAUCGUUGUGACUACUUGAUUGAAGAUAAAUUGCUCGAGUUACUUUUACCUUACACCGCGAAUGAUCAGCUGGUCAUACGAUUAGAUAAUGUAUUUCAGGCAUUAAAUAUCAAGUCUGAGAAGGAACUUGGCUUUCUCUUAAAUUUUUUUCUGCCGUAUGCAUAUUGUCCUAUGUGUAGCAAGGACAUGAGCAAGGACAUAAGCAGAUCUAUCGAGAAAUCUUCUUCUCUGAAAAUGGACGUUGAACAAGUAGACGUCUGUGGAGUUGCUGAGGAAAGUUGCUUCACGAAAGACGAAACUAAAUUAAUUGCCACCGUGAAAGAAGCAAUCUGUGAUGAACAAUUAUCUACUCCUAGUGACGAAGUGAGCAUUAUAGAUACUUCAUCUCGAAGUUCUUCAACUGAAAUGUUACUUCCUAUCGCGGAAUGCACUUCAACUUCUGAUGGAUCUAUUAGUGAUAUCGUCAAGGACGAUGAUCAAAUGCAACGACGCUUAUUGUGCGACAAGGGACAUUUGCUUGAAAUAGAAGCUAUCUUUGUCAGUAGAGCGUUACGAGAAUUCAUAGAAAGAUAUCAUUUUGUUAAAUGGAAAGAGAUGCCAGAGACACUUCAAGAAAAAUUAACAGAGAAAAAGAAAAUCGUAUCGCGGAAUAUGACAGUUCAGGACAUAACAGAUUUUUGGAAUCGAUAUAAUGAAAUUUUCCCAGCCAAAAAAGAACGACUUUGGGAUGGCUUGUUAACCGGACUUAAUAAAUAUCACGAAAUAUUAAAAGAACGACAUAAUUUGAAUAUUGAAGUGAAAUCUUUACAAACGCAAAAUGCAGAGUUACGCCGUUUAUUGAAAACAUACACAAUCCAAUGUGAAUGUGAUGGACUCUCGCAAAAUGAUGCACGAUGUAUUCGUGAAGCGACUUAGACUAAUACUUGUAAAUACAUUUGAUUUAAAUUUCAAUUAAUUGUAGUUCAUUAAAUUUAGUAUAUCAU